AUGGCGCCCCCUUCACCUGUGCGCAGCGGCGUGCCUCCUGCCUCGCCGUCACUCCACCAUGAAAUCCCGAGGAUGCAAUACCGAAGCCGUCCUGUGUCCGUGGCCGUGGAUCCUGUUUCACUGGUCAUCUCCGAAUGCAUAGCCAUCACGUCGGCGAUUCAAAAGCAUGCGCGCUCUUCGCACUUCUCCGUGUCUGCCAUACUUGGCGGAAACCCCAAUACGAUACAGUUCGGAUCCCCUAAACCACGGGAACGAGGUGUUGGAGGAGGGCCCUUUAGGGACAGUGACCACGAUGAAGUGGCCAGCAGCCGCUGGAGCUUUCAGGGGCAGAGGGCAAAGGGCUUGCAGGAUAGCCCCAUGAUCACAGGCUUCAGCAACCUUCGCCACGAGAUCACCGGAGUUCAGAAUAUUCAUUCAUUCGAUGCCCUGACGCUACUGGCACCCUUUCUCUUUGUGAUCCAGGAGAAGGGAACUGCAGCACCGAUUACGAUCUUGGCUCUGGGCGCAUUGAGGAAAUUCUUGGCCUAUGGAUUCAUAUCUCCCGAAUCCCCGCGAUUUGCACUGGCUAUGCAAUCACUCUCGGCUGCUGUUACGCACUGUCAAUUCGAUAUCAGUGAUUCAGCGCAGGGCGAAGUCGUGCUGCUCAUGAUCCUCAACUUGAUGGAGGAUAUGAUGUCUGGACCGGGUGGCUACAUAUUAAGCGACGAGAGCGUUUGCGACAUGAUGGGACGUGGAUUGGCUAUAUGCUCUCAACCUAGAUUCUCGCCUGUCCUGCGGAGGACUGCCGAAGCUGUUCUGGUCCGGAUGUGCCAGAUCAUAUUCGAGGAUAUCAAACAUAUCGAGGUCGAGGCUGGCGAUGAUUCUUCGGUCAUGGACCAGCUGGCUGACCAACACAUGGAAAAUGUCAAGAUGGACACGACCGCCGGCAGUGCUGUUGCAGAGCCCAUAGUGCCCGCAACUACUCGAGACGGUUCUCCUCUGGGAGGUCCUCACAGCGGCGACGUUGAGAAGGCGGAGGAGGAACGCGGUGACGCUGAGAAGGCUGACGAGGGACCUCUCUCCAACCCCGACAACGAAGACAAUGCGGAAAGCGACACAGAGUCCCUGGAUCUCCGGCCCUACUCGCUGCCAUCCGUCAGAGAGCUGUUCCGAGUUCUGGUCAACUUCCUGGAUCCCAAUGAUCGCCAUCAUACAGACACAAUGAGAGUGGUGGCUUUGAGGAUCAUACAUGUGGCAUUAGAAGUGUCCGGCUCAUUCAUCGCCCGUCACCCUGCUUUGGCAACCAUUGCCAAGGAUCAGCUCUGCUGCUAUCUUUUCCAGCUUGUGCGGUCUGAUAACAUGGCCAUUCUGCAAGAAUCGCUAACGGUUACCGGCACUCUGCUUGCGACCUGCAGGGGCGUCCUCAAACUCCAGCAGGAACUUUACUUAUCCUAUCUAGUAGCGUGCCUUCACCCAACGAUUCCUAUCCCUCGCGAACCUGGAAUCGAUCCAUCGUUGUACGCUGGCAUACCAGAGACACCGAAGCUGGUCAAGCCGCCACCGUCACAGACCAACAGCGGACGGGCAACUCCUGUUCCUGUCAAGGACCGACAAAAACUUGGCUUGGAGGGAGGAGCGCGCAAGCCCGACGCUAGGCAGGCCAUGGUGGAGGCCCUCGGCGUUCUUUCGAGGAUGCCAACAUUUGCUACUGAGUUGUUUGUCAACUAUGACUGUGACGAAGACAGGUCGGACCUGUGUGAAGACGUCAUUGGGCUACUUGCGCGCAACGCCUUGCCGGACUCAGCUACAUGGAGUACUACAAGCGUGCCGCCCCUCUGCCUGGAUGCACUCCUUCGAUUCAUCCAGUUCAUGGCUGAGAGGUUGAAUGAUGAGCCUGUAUACGAAAACUGUCCGGACCCUGAAGAGCUGAGAGAGAAGAGACGAAGAAAACGAAAGAUCAUCAUCGGGACGAGCAAGUUCAACGAGAAGCCAAAGUUGGGGUUGAGCUAUCUGGAAGCAAACAACAUUAUUACCGACAUCAACGAUCCCGUUUCGGUGGCCAAGUUUCUGAAAGGCACAUCCCGGAUAUCAAAGGCCGUGCUGGGAGAUUUCUUAUCCAAAAAGGGGAAUGAAGCCAUCUUGGCGGCCUUCAUGGAUCUGUUUGAUUUUUCCGGCAAACGAAUUGACCAAGCCUUGAGGCUGCUGCUGGAGUCAUUCCGGCUGCCUGGUGAAGCGCCCCUAAUUGCGUCGGUAGUCGAGUCAUUCUCGGAGAAGUACUGUGACUGCAACACGCUGUCCGAAGAGGUGGCAAACAAGGACGCUGUUUUCAUCUUGACAUAUGCCAUCAUCAUCCUGAACACUGACCAACACAACCCGAAUGUGAAGGACAUCAAGAGGAUGACGCUCAACGACUUCUCUAGAAACUUGCGAGGGCAGAACAAUGGUAAAGAUUUCUCGCCCGAGUAUUUAAGAGACAUCUACGAGACUAUCAAAUCGAACGAAAUCAUCUUGCCAGAUGAGCAUGAUAACCAGCACGCUUUCGAUUACGCCUGGCGAGAGCUUCUCCUCAAAUCCGAGACGGCUGGCAACCUCUUUGCCUGCGACACCAAUCUCUAUGAUGGCGACAUGUUUGCUGCAACCUGGAAGCCGGUCGUCGCAGCUCUGUCGUAUGUCUUCAUGUCUGCUACCGACGAUGCCGUUUUCGCCAGGAUUGUUACCGGGUUCGAUGAGUGCGCUCGCAUUGCAACCAAAUAUGGCAAUGUCGAAGCACUUGAUCAGAUUGUUUACUGCCUCAGUCGCAUCACCACAUUGGCUACUCGCGUGCCGUUCAACACAUCUCUGAAUACCGAGGUACAAGUUGGCGACGGCAGUGUCAUGGUCAGUGAGCUGGCUGUGAAACUAGGCAGAGACUUCCGUGCGCAGCUCGCAGUUCUUGUGCUAUUCCGGGUUGUCAAUGGCAGCGAAGCUCUUAUUCAAAAUGGGUGGAAACAUAUUAUUCAGAUAUGGGUUCAUCUCUUUUUGAAUUCCCUAGCACCUCCGUUAUCCUCAACUGAUCUCCCAACUCUACCAAUCCCAGCCAUUCCCCUACAGACUCCCUCACAAGUCAUCGAUAGGGCAGCUAGGUCUAACGAUGUUGGGUUUUUCUCCGCAUUCACAUCAUACAUCUCCAGCUAUGCCGCGGACGAUCCUCCAGAGCCGUCGGACGAGGAACUCGAAAGUACAUUAUGUACUGUUGACUGCAUCAAUUCCUGUCAUAUUGACAAAGUCUUGAACAAUAUCUCCAAAUUGCCCCUAGCACGCAUCGACAUAUUGAUCCAGGCAUUGCUGGAACAACUGCCGGAGAGUGACCACUCGGCUGUCAUCGGGGUAAAACAAGAUAAUGUGACGGUUGUACCCCCUAAUGGGCCGAGCCCGUCAACGGGCCUACCGAGUUACGACCCUAGCACUCCCUUUAUCCUUGAGCUUUGUACUGUCUUGACCAUUCGAGAUGGUGCAUCCUCUCCAACUACGGCAAAGCAAGUCCUCGAUGCUAUUCAUGGCGUUUUGCGUGACCACAGCCAGUGGCACGGUAUUACCGUCUCGCGGGCGGCGUUUUAUGGUCUUAUGAUUUUGAAAUCAGGCUAUGACCAUGAUUUCGUCAACGUUCCCAUCUUCCUCCAUACCAUCUCCAGCUUACCGCAGGACCUGCUGCUAAAGACAGCGGAUAUCAUACUGUCUGGUCUGUCGAUCUGCACGCGGGACCCCGGGCCUCUAAGGAGCGAGAUGAUGACCUCUCCUGAUUUCUGGGUCAUCUUACGAGUGGUGGCGGGAGACGCCAAUGCCGCGGCUCAAAUCUUCGACAUUCUAGAGAGAAGCACUACUGGGACGCCCCCGGCGAUUAUGGCCGACAACUACGAGGCAGCGAUUUCACUCCUGAAUCAUUUCGCAUCAGCGGCCGAUCCUCUUGCUACCCGCGAUUCCAAGUCGCCCGAAGCAACGAGGAAGAAGGUUGAUGCCCAGGUAACAGCAAGAGGCUGCCAGGCGGUCAAUACCUUGUACGGCAUGACGGCUCGGAUCCCACAGCUUAUGCAGCAGUCUCAUCUAGAGAGUAGCGAGGCGUGGUCGGCCUAUUGGUUGCCCAUCCUGCAAGCACUGACGACGCAGUGCACCAAUUCCUGUCGCGAUGUUCGGCAGCUGGCAUUCUCUGCCCUGCAACGGACUCUGCUAUCACCCGAGCUCACCUGCAGCGAUCCAAAGGAAUGGACAGCAAUAUUCAGCAAAGUCUUGUUUCCGUUGAUCUUCAGACUUCUGAAGCCGGAAGUCUACUCAUCCGAUCGGGAUGGAAUGAGCGAAAUGCGCGUUCAAGUGGCAUCCCUCCUCUGCAAAGUCUUCUUGCAGUACAUGGUGCUUCUGACUGAGUGGGAUGGCAUGCUGGACCUGUGGAUCAAGAUUAUUGAGAUCAUGGAUCGCCUGAUGAACAGUGGACAAGGUGACAGUUUGGCGGAAGCGGUACGAGAAAAUCUGAAAAAUGUUGUUCUGUUCAUGGCCACGAGUGGCUAUCUGGUAUCUCCUGACAAAGACCCAUCCAGAAAAAAGCUCUGGGAUGAGACGUGGGAGAGAGUCAAUAGGUUCUUGCCAGACUUGCGGAAUGAGAUUCUGGGUGAAGAGGCCCCCGAGCCUAUUGAGGCCAAAGACGGCGGCGAAGAGAAGCAAUAG